AUUGAAAAAUGGGUGAUUUAUAUUAAUUUAUGAUUUAAAAGGUAAUUUAUCAUUUUUUUUUUAAGGAUAAAUAUAUCCUAUCAAUACAUUUUUAAGGUAGAUUAGGAGGUUUUGCCGUGAGAAUUUCCUUCUUUUCCUCUGUUUUCUCACUGUUAACUGUUCAGGGACUAAAAUUACAUAGUAAGAUAAAGGUAGGGAGCUAAAAUCUCAAAGCUAAUAAGUAUAAGGGCUUUGCAAGGGGUUAUUCCCGCCCGUCAAUCAAGGAUGGGACUGUAACUUCACCAUCUUCACGCUCCAAAUUGUUUUAAAUUUAAUUUUAUCCGUCCUAAGGUUCUGUUUGUCCAUGCGUCCAAACAACCUCCACCUUUUCUUCUCUCUCCUUCCCUCCUGCUCACUCGUCACACGCGUGCCAACACUUCCGACGACAAAGCAGACCCGCCGGACUCACCCGACUCUCUUCUCGGAGCUCCAUUUCUCUCGGAUUACUGUGGCUGAACUGUUGAAAAUGGUGAAGUCGGCUACGAGCACGCACCUGCACCAGGAAGAAGAAGACGAUGAUGUUUACGACGACCUCGUCGCUCGGAACGAUACAGUUUCCUACAACAAAGGGGAAGCUGUGAAGGUGGAAGGGAAGGGUAGUGAGAAGGUGAACACGAAUCGGUCGAAGCAUUCGGAGACGGAGCAGCGGAGGAGGAGCAAGAUUAACGAGAGAUUCCAAGUUUUGAGAGAUCUCAUUCCUCAGAAUGACCAAAAGAGAGAUAAGGCUUCUUUCCUGUUAGAGGUUAUAGAGUACAUUCAGUUUUUACAGGAAAAGUUACAGAUGUAUGAGGGUUCAAAUCAUGGUUGGGGAGAGGAGACUACAAAGUUGAUUCCAUGGAGGAAUCAUCAUGGGCCUGCAGAAGCUCUUAUGGAUCAUUCUCACAUGAUGAAGAACGGAUCUGGGUGUGAGAGCAAUGUUGUUGCCCCAGCAAUGCUCACAAAUCCACAGAAUUCAAUUGAGCUUGACUUAGGUACAGCUGCAGCCUACAAAGCACUGGUUCAUCCUGCUGGUGCUGCUCCUUCGGUGGUUCCAUUUAACAUGCAAACCCAGUCAAACUCGUAUACUAAUCAUGGGACAUGUAGCUUCCUUUCCCAACCUCUGCAUAAUUCUACUUCUGAUGCUGAGAACAUGGCUUACCAACCUCAAUUCCAGUCAUGGCAAGGUGGAGAGUAUGAAACUGAGAAUGCUGUUUCUGAUAAUGCACUGAAUGAACAGGAGGACUUGACAAUCAAAGGUGAAUCAAUUAGCUUAUCAAGUGUGUACUCGCAAGGGAUAUUGUGUACUCUGACCCAAGCGUUGCGAUCUUCAUGUGUGGAUUUGUCACAGACUAGCAUCUCUGUACAAAUUGAUGUUGGCAAACGAGUAAAUGGUGGAGGGAUGUGUGUUGAGGGGACGUCUGAAGCUUCUAGUUCUAAGGAAAAAGAGACGCAGUAUCCAAGCAGCGAUCAAGUGAUAGCGCCGACUGGGGUUCAGAACUGCCAAGAAGAUACAGAUCAGGCUUAUAAAAGGCUGAGAACAGGAAUAAGCUAGUGUAUCAUUCUAGUCACUUUCUUCUGCGUAUCUUAUUCCUUUGCUCCUUUUUAGUGGUUGGAGUGCUCAUUUUUGCAAUGCCAUGAUCCGCCUAAUUAUUAGGCCUAGACAAAUUGUAAAUUUUUUAUGCUUCUUGGUUUGCCAGGAUGCAUCAAUUCUCUUGGAAGGAAACUUGUUUUAUAUUCUUCAGAUGGAGGCGUCCAUGCAUAUAAUGAGAAGCUGCUUCCUUCUUUAUUUAUUUAUUUUUCUGAAAUAUAUUUCAGCAGUGUCAAGUUUCUAUUUGAACCUCUCUGCAAGUUCUUGUGAUCAUUGUUUCUUUUAUCACUGACUCUUCAAACCUUCUCGUGCAACAUGUAACAUUUUUUUUUUUUUUUCAAUUGAUUGAAUCAGUAGUUAGUAUUUUGCAAUUACAAGGAACAAUUCCUCUGAAUCCUGCAGAAUUAGUUCCUCGCAUCUCUGCCAUUGUUUCUGUUAAGAUAUGUGAGGAAACUGCUUUGUCCAUCAUCAAAGUUUGCACCCUUCUAUUGGAUGUUUAUGUCAGCACACCAAGUUUUCUCAAUUGUGGAUCGGUAGGUGAUGCAAACUGCACUGAAGUGCCUGAAUUGCCGCAAAAUUGUUAGUGCUUUGAUUCAAUGACUUAGCCGCCAUCCACACAAAGCCUAUGCUAUGCUAUGUCCUUAGUGGGAGCUGACUUUUUGGAUCUCUCACCAAUAAGAACUUAUUUUCUUGGAUCAGUAGCAGAUGAAUUGAAAGUGGAAAAUUUCUUGGUGAAUGAAUGCAUGUUGGCAGUCAUUUUAGAAUUAUAUUCAGCUUCUUCAAUUUUUUUAUUAAGAUCAUGGAAAACUUUGCUUUGAGUUAGUAUACUUGGUGGACGUAUUCAGACAUAAAAAAUUCACAGAUAAUUGUUCUAAAGUAUUGAAGGGAAGACAUGAUUUUGACUCCCAACAACUUUGAGAUGCUGCCUUGGAUCUAGGAUGUGAUGAGAUGCUUAUGGAUUCCAUGAUGCAAUUCUUUUGCUGAAAUUCAUAUUGAUGCUUGAAAGAGAAGCAAAGCUGAUUCAACAGACAAAGUCUUUGGUUUUAAUUAUUUAAAAGCCUUGUGAUGUGUUGGUUACCAUAUCCAUCUUGUACAUUCCAAAAGAACUCUCAUUUUAGUAAUGAAAUCUCCAUUCUGCCUUCUUUACAGGUGUUGCUGACCAGAUAUUAAGUCCACAGGUUUUCCUUCAAU